AUGGAACCCAAUCUGCACGCCUCGCCGGCCGCCUCCGCGGCACUCUUUGCCUGGGGUGCAAAUAGCUAUGGACAACUUGGCCUGGGUCAUAAAGAGGAUGUGCUUUUGCCCCAGCAACUGAAUGACUUUUGUGAACCUGGGAGUGUCAGGAGGAUCACGGGAGGAGGGGGCCACUCUGCAGCUGUCACAGAUGGAGGAGGUCUUUUUGUUUGUGGUCUAAAUAAAGAUGGACAAUUGGGACUUGGUCACACAGAGGAUGUUCUGUAUUUUAGUCCCUGCAUACCCCUCCUUGGCUGUACCAUCCAGCAGGUGGCUUGUGGCUGGGAUUUUACCAUUAUACUCACAGAAAGUGGUCAAGUUCUAUCAUGUGGCUCCAACUUGUUUGGCCAAUUAGGUAUUUCUCCUGGGCCUCGAAGAUGUGCGGUUCCCCAGGCCAUUGAGCUCCUGAGAGAGAAGGUUGUGUGCAUUGCUGCUGGACUGAGGCAUGCAUUAGCUGCUACAGCAAGUGGCAUCGUGUUCCAGUGGGGUACUGGUUUGGCAUCAUCUGCACGACGGUUGUGCCCUGGGCAGACUCUCCCAUUGUUUUUGACAGCAAAGGAACCCAGCAGAGUACCAGGCCUAGAGAAUUCUAAAGUCAGAUGUGUUCUUGCUGGCUCAGAUCACUCAGCUUCACUAACAGAUGCAGGAGAGCUGUAUGUUUGGGGGAGCAACAAACAUGGUCAACUGGCAACCCAGGCUGCUUUCCAUCAUGUGCCCCAGAAAAUAGAAGUACAUUGUUUUGGGAAUGAGAAGGUCACUGCAGUCUGGAGUGGAUGGACACACCUGGUGGCACAGACAGAAACUGGCAAGGUGUUUACCUGGGGCCGAGCAGACUAUGGUCAACUGGGGAGGAAGGUGGAGGCCUAUGAAGACUGGAAAGGAGAAAAGCAGGGUUCAUCCCUCUCUUGCUUGAGACCACGGAGCAGCAUGCCUUCAUCUCUGCAUUGCUUAAUGGGAGCAACUGAGGUCUCUUGUGGCUCAGAGCAUAAUCUGGCUGUGAUUGGUGGAGUGUGCUACUCGUGGGGCUGGAACGAGCACGGCAUGUGUGGGGAUGGCACUGAAGCCAAUAUCGGGGCCCCCAUGCCAGUGCAGGCUCUGAAACCAUUAACAGCACUCCAGCUGGGCUGUGGAGCGGGCCACUCUCUGGCCCUCUGUCAGCUGCCAGCCCUUCCUGCACCGGACCAGGGUCUUAAGGUCAUGGAUCCUUCCCCAGAUGCCACUGAAGAUACUGAAUCUCAGGAAAGAAUGGACCAACUAGAAAAUGAAGCAACUAAGGAAAGACCAUCAGAAACUUCAACCCAGUGUGACAGGUUCAGAAGUGGAACUUGUGACUGA